AUGACCAUUGCACAGAUGGAUUUCAGCAAUUCAGCGAAUUCACAUAAAAUUAGCGAUAUGGCGCCACGACGAAAAUCGCCCGCGGAAAUCCUGGCCGCCAGGCAAGCCCUUCGAGCACACACAAAUGCUCUCAAACUAGAAGCAGCUCAGGCGACGAUCUCACAAGCAGCGCGAACAGCUGCCACCUCAAAAUCACUAUCUACACGCACUGCCGCAGCAUCGGGUGGUCGGAUUUCCAAGAAACCCACUAAAAAAUCAGCGACGGCGGAGAAGCGGGGCAGUUUUUUGCGCAAGAUCCAGACUGGAGCGAGCGGGAAAGCGCCGGUGCUUGCGGCUGCUAGCUCACGACGACGGGUCGUGAUGCCAAAAGUUAAGACGAGUAUGGAGUCUAUUGUGGCCGAGAGUUUGAAGCCUGCUGAGGCGCCUGUGAAAAACAGUCUUGAUGGUGUUGUCACACUGUCCAAAUCUGCGCGCAAAAGGAAGAACAGAGCCGUAAAGGAGAAACUUGCGGGCAAUGAUCUGACAGAGCUUAUGGACGCCCUCCCCGAGACAGAGCAGGAUGAUGGAGACGAUGCUAUGGAUGAGGAUAUGGAGGACGGCGGUGCGGUCGCUGGCAAGGGUAAUGCUGCUGACGUGUACCUUGAUGCCAAACAUGAUCGACCGGUGUCUUUGAAAGCCGGCGAGAAAGUGGUAAAGCAGGAGAUUGACAGAUUCGGUAAAGUCAUGACUGAGGCGACGUUUCGGGAGAAUCCCUUUGCCGCUCUUCGGGGAUUUAUCCAGCAGAGAAUUUAA